UGUCAUAUAUUUUUAGAAAUCUCACUGAAAUGUAAUUCCUAUUUAGCUACUGUGGGGGUUCAUCAAUGCUCCUCAAAAGGGCACAUUUGAGUAUAGAUUAGAUGACCCAAAGUGUUUGAUAAAGUAUGAAAUAUUCAUGCUCUCUCCCAAUCAAAACGUUUCAGAACUGCAUUUCUCAGCUAUUACUUACAUAUAACAAACUGCACUUUUUUCCCCCAGACCACAAACGUGGGUAUUUUGCCUGGUUUUCUGACCUAGAGUCAUAUCUACACACUGCUGUUUAAAAAGUAGAGCACAUGACAUUCUUAACCCAGUGUCUUACUGCAACACAAUCUGUUCUUGGAACGGAACAGACAUCUCCUCCUAGUUAGCUCAUGAACCAGAGAUGGAGCUGUUGUCUCUGUAUGGCAUGUUGGCAGUGCAUGUUGAAGCUUGCUGAGCACAACACAAGUACACAACAAAAAAUGUACUUAUCUAGAAGCAUGACAGGUUUCUGUCUGUUAUAGUUGACAUUUCAAAAUAUGCCCUUUUUUUUGUGUGUGAGUGUAUAGCCUUAAGCUCAGCUGACCCCUACACUCAUCAUAUGCAUUACCCAAAUAUAGUUUUGAUUAACACCUAAGCCACAUAUGUUGGAGCUGUGACAGCAUAGGUCAUUGGAAAGCUCUGAAUAAACAUUACACUUCAUUGGGUCAUGGACUCUACAAGGUGUCAAGUUCUACAGGGAUUCUGACCCAUGUUGAGUCCACUGCUUCCCACAGUUGUCAAGUUGUCAGGAUGUCCGUUGGGUGGUGGACCAUUAAUACACACAGGAAACGUGGGAUUACGGUAUGUUACCCCGGUUCUCUGAAGGAGAUGAGGGAGACCUCUCACUAUGGGACACGCCUUCUUUACGGGUCAUUGGUUGAAGCCUUAUUCAAUCACACCAAUCAGAGCUUUGUGGGUGUAUGCCCUGUGUGUAUAACACCCUGCACUGCUCUGGUUUCCUCAUUCUAAGAACUACCUCUUACACAAGUCAGGGAACAUAAUGUUCACAGUGCCCCUUAUGUGGCAAUUCCUCUAGUGGAAUGUUCUCGGAGACUGCAAUCCCCAACAACUGUACACCUUGGCGAUAGCCUCCAAUGGGAGAGGUGUUUGGACAAAGCAGGGUUGGCAAAGCAAACAGUUGGUCAUAGUUUCAGAAUGGCCUAGUCCUGUCCAUGUAGAUGCGCUGGGCGCGCACCGGACACUGUGUUAAGGUGCCGCUGCUCUGGAGAAGAGCACGGCGGAGGGUGGAAGGGGAAGAGGUCAGUGGCUUGAAUGAUCUUUAGAAAUUAACGCAACGUUAGGACGUAUCAUAACCUUGAAGUAGUUUGGGGGGGGGGGGGCAGCAAACUGAGUGCAUGAAGGAUGGACCGAGCAUUCGUGAAGGUCGCUAGCGCGCUUGGCCAAGGUGAGAAACGGGGCUGACGUAUGUCACCGUUGACCUAUUGUCUGACCUGACAAGGACAUGUUGGCCCUGUAGGAAUGGACAAAAGUGCCUGAGGGAUAAUAACAGUUUAGCGCUAGAACGUGGAUAUGGGCUGUACUCAGUCUGACCAUACGCCGUUCACUUCGUGAACUGCCCCCCCUCCUCCCAGCCCUAUAGUGAUGCAUCUAUUUGUCACUACUUUGCAUGUGAAGACUGUCCCAGUAGGGCAGCCCCGCGUCAGCAGGGAUUGAAGUGCCGAUAGACACUUUGCUGAGAGAAGCACGUACCUGUGGAUAGACUAGUUCAAGCAGAGUGAGGUCACCCACAGCUGGAUAGCUGAGUUAAGGAGACCAAGCAGAACCACUACAAUCAUGUAGCCCAGAAAGCUUCAGACACAUCUAGUAUGUGGCUGAUGUUGCCGUGCAAAACAGGCAAUGGUGAAAAUGUCACUCCAUGGUGAGGGCUGGGGGGGCUGGCUCCUGUGCUACACGUAUGCUGUGUGUAAACAAACGUGUGACUUGAGGCAGGACUCCAGAGGAGACUAUGGUUGUUGAGGUCAGGCGUUCUGCCAGCUUAGAGGCCCUGUGCCUUGCGCUAGGUGUGCUGAUUCUUCCCAACAGAUGGCGCCAAGGGGGUAUCCACUGCUAAUUGCUUGGAGUGAUGCCCUGAGGCACCGCGUUGCUGGUGAGCGGAUUGUCUGUCCCAGGGUCGGAGCUGCAGGAGAAGGCUGAGACUUCUUGGGGAUCCUCCAGUUCUGUGAGGGAGGACUCCUAGUGACGACCUGGGUGAAUGUGGGCUUCAGGGCUUGCUUCUGGGGAUUCGGGGCUUGCUUCUGUGGUAACAGGGAGCCCAGCGCCUCACUCUCCUUUUCUUAGAAUUUAACCUGGCCUGGUGGGAUUGAUCUGUCCAUUCAGGUAGGGCAGCGCAUCUGAUUGCCUUCGAAGAAAGGUCAGUUAUUGACUCCUGCCCUACCUCUUCAGUCUGGCUGGGUAGCACAAACUGAGCAGAGGAGAAAUUCUUCUGUGGUGUAAUCCAUCUGCUGGUCAAAGGGUGCUGCCUAAUGUGGCAAGAGACAUGCCGUCGUUCUCACAUCCGGAUUCGUCGGCAUUAAUGUCCACCCCCUGGUAAAAGUGGGGAUUCUCCGAAUCAGCCUGAAGCGCAGACUGAGGGGAUGCCUAAAGUAGCUUCUCCCUCUGGGACUUCGUUGUCAACUGAGUUGUCCUCGCGCAGGUAUGAGGCCUGGGCAAUACUUUCCAUGUACUUCAUGUCUAAGGACACGAGUCCAGCUGAGCGCAAUGCACACAACUAGCGGGGUCGAUGGGAGCCUCCAUAGCGUCCCGGACGUGUAAUGACUGCAGUUGCCAGGGUGAGCGUUGCUAGGCUUUUGCUGCUUUUUCUCCCCUUUCCCUGACGACUUGGCCGGUAAGCCUGUUGGACAUUGCGUUUCGACAGGACGGACAAAAGCAAAUGGAAUUACCGGGGGGCUAGCUAGCCACUCCACGCGCUGCUCCUACAAUGGGAAUUUGGGAGAGACACUGGGUACGACUCCAAGUUCAGAGUGUGGACAGACCUCUGUACCGCGGCACAUAUCAUUGCUUCCAGUCUAUCGUAAGGCAAGAGUCGAUGACGGGUCUGUACAAAGGCAUUGGCUCCCCCAUGAUGGGUCUGACCUUCAUCAACGCCAUCGUGUUCGGUGUCCAGGGCAACGCCAUGCGCAGGCUGGGCCACGACACGCCGCUCAACCAGUUCCUGGCCGGGGCGUCGGCGGGCGCGUUGCAGAGCGUCAUUUGCUGCCCCAUGGAGCUGGCCAAGACGCGCAUGCAGCUGCAGGGGUUGGGUGAGAGGAAGUCCAAGCAGAAGCUGUACAAGAACUCUCUGGACUGCCUGGUGCGCAUCUACCGGAAGGAGGGCUUCCGCGGUAUCAACCGGGGUAUGGUGACCACGCUAGUCCGCGAGACACCGGGUUUCGGGAUCUACUUCCUGACCUACGAUGUACUGACACGCUCUCUGGGCUGCGAACCCGAUGACCCCUACAUGAUCCUCAAGUUGCUGUUUGCCGGAGGCAUGUCGGGCAUCACCUCGUGGCUCUCCACCUACCCUGUGGACGUCAUAAAGUCCCGGCUCCAGGCGGACGGCGUGGGCGGCCACAACAAGUACAAUGGCAUCGCUGACUGUGUGCGUCAGAGCCUGAAGCGCGAGGGCUGGCGGGUGUUCACGCACGGCCUCACCUCCACGCUGCUCCGGGCGUUCCCCGUCAACGCCACAACCUUCGCCACCGUGACUCUGUUUCUCAUGUACAUGCGAGACGAUGAGGGCGCCGUCAAUGACUGCGAGCCCCAGCCUGCCCACUCCUCUCUCACUGUGAGCCCACAGCAGGCCCAGCCCUCAAGCUUGUGAAUGGGAGAAGGUGGUGUUUCUGCUCUGGCGACCCUUAUUGGGUUGGAAAUGGUCCCACAAUGCACCAGCUAAUAAGCUGAUGUGACUUGACCGCUCAACGUCAGCUUCACGAAGACUAUUUUUACAAGAUGUAUGUAUGUUUAGAUGGUAAACCGCGCUUGUAAAUACUUGUCCAAUUUUGACCCCUGGUUUUGUACAGAGUACACUUUUUUAAAUGUUUUAUAUAAUUUAGUCUUUUUGAGAACUAAUUGGGGAAAGAAACUAGCAGUGAAAAAGCACAAAUGUCUGACCUAGUCAUCCCUUAUGCAUAUACAGUGGGGCAAAAAAGUAUUGUCAGCCACCAAUUGUGCAAGUUCUCCCACUUAAAAAGAUGAGAGGCCUGUAAUUUUCAUCAUAGGUAC